AUGUUGCAUUGCCCAUCCGGUGCGUUUGUGCACAUCACGGACGCAAUUGUGGGACAGACAUUUACAACUGAUUCACCCUGUCCCCAUACGGGACAUCUAGACAAUAAGGGCGAUCCAGUGGCUAUUGAUCCGGCUCAACGAGUGCAGUGUGCCCCGACCUCAAUUGUUUCGGUUGUUCAACAACUCUGCCAGGGUAUGAACACGUGUGACAUUGUUCGAAAACUCUCUCGAACUGAAGCCAAUUUGGAGUGUCAGUACACUGCGUUCUUACGUGUGAACUACACGUGUUUUCCUGCGUAUGCACAACAGGAAGUGGUUUGUGCGGACUCGUAUGUGGAAUUGUCAUGUGCCAGUCUGGGUUCGGAAGCCACACUACUUCUCCUGCGUGCUCAGCUGGGCUCACAUCCUCUGAGUACAGACGAAUCAGCUCCAACAGGCAAAAGCAAACCCUGUUCCAAUACGGUGGACCAAGGUACAUGCCAUUAG